CACCAGAGCACCGGCACCACAACACCGGCACCAGAGCACCGGCACCAGAGCACCGGCACCGGCCACACAUUCACAUCGUUGUGUCUCAUCGUCACAAAUCAUCAGUUAAAGAAAGUGACAAACGAGACAGAUGAGUUGAGAAAAUGUCCACGACGCUAAACCAGAGUCUUUCCACGGCCACGAACGACAAGACCGACAGGCACGUGCGACUGCUGCUGUUCGGUUUGUGCGUAAUUAUCGCCGCCGCUACGUUAGUGGGAGGUUUGUACUCGCUGGUCUUUCUGCUGAGGAGCUGGAGGAAGAACCCACUGUGCGUGAUCGUGGCGUCCAUGUCUGUGGAUGACCUGCUGAGUGUGGCUCCUCUGUCCAUGUUCCUGCUGCUUCAGUGGGAGACGGAUGGAGCAGAUGAUGGAGCAGAUGAUGGAGGAGGAGGAGGAGGAGGAGGAGGAAGAGGCUCCAGCAGCUUGUGCACUGUGUCCGGACUCCUGUACGUGUUCCAGGGUGUGUCCAGUCACAUGAAGGCGUGUCUCAUAGCAGCUUACACUUUCUAUGUGUCCAGAAAGUUCGGCGUGUUCGGCUCAGGGCGCACACCAGUGGCAGUGACGUGGGCAGUCGUGGGUGUUUGGUCAGUGAGUCUGACCGUCAGUGUCCUUCCUCUGUGUGGAUGGGGAACUUUCACUCCACUCACUCUCGGCUGUUUCCCUGACAGCAGCGGCGUCUACGUCAUGUUGCUUUUCUCUUUAUAUUCUCUCAGUUUGUGCGGGUUGUUGAUUUUCUUCGUCCCGCUCACGCACGAGCUUCUGUGCUCGACCGAGCCUCACAGGAUUCUACUGUCCCCGUCCUGUGUGGACAUGUCGAGGGGACACGGCGCCUCUGCGCGCUCUCUUCCCCGGGACAGCGUCGCCAAAAGUUUCGGGGCGUACAACGAACUGAGCCCGAGCUCGUGCGCGACGGAGCGGAGAGGGACAGAGGACAGCGGUCUGUCCCCGGACAGAGGGACAGAGGACAGCGGUCUGUCCCCGGACAGUGUGAGAGGACAGAGGACAGCUGCAGUGACGCACACGCCGCUGCUGUUUGCGCAGAAGCGCUUCUCCAUGAUUGUGGCGCUGCUCAGAGUUGUGUUGUGGAUGCCGAUGAUGACUGUGGUUGUGCUGCGUCACACAGUGAAGACACAAAGCUCUUCUGUGGAGACGCUGAGCUUCUUUCUUACUCUGCUCGCUCCCGCGCUCACUCCUGUAUUCCUGUUGUCUCAGCGCUGGAUCCACAUGCCGUGUGGCUGCUUCAUUAACUGCAAACAGGAUCCACAUCAGCAGUCGUCAGUCAUGAAGAGAAGAUUGGACAUCCGUCUGUCCUUCCAUCAGAACUGUGGCGUGUACAAGUUGUCUCAUCACAGUCUGUGUCUUCAGAAGCCCGACUGUUACACACUCUUUAACUGCCACCCUCUUCAUUCACACCUUGAUACACUACAACGUGGUUCUGGUCUGGCACCGGCUCUGGACUUCAGUACCACGUGUCCAGCUGACAGUUCGUCUCGUGCAGAACUGCUGCUGGACGCAGCAGAGACUGUGUCCGACCUCUGUCCGGACGUCCGUUGUGUCCACGUGUUUCCUCCUCAUCAUCAGCGGGAGCGCGAGGACACUGAUGUGUCCUCUGUGUUCGACGGGCCGGACAGGAGGCUGUCCCACGAGGACUGUGGAACCAUGCAGCUGACGGACUGGGAGUGGUGUCGCAGUAAAUCAGAGAGAACGUCCAGACAGCGGUCUUCAGGCGGUCUGUCCGUCCCUCUAUGUGCCUUCCAGGGAACCAUAUCUCUGCAGGCACCAACAGGAAAGACUCUGUCUCUGUCCACCUAUGAGGUCAGCAGUGAUGGACUCACAAUCUGUCCAAACAGCACCAAGAAGGUGGAAGUUUAUCGCUCCAAAUCAGUCGGUCAUGAGCCCAGAGCAGAUGAUCCGGUCAGCAGCAGCGAGGUGGACACCAAUGUCAGGAUCCACCUGGAGGUUCUGGAGAUCUGUGACAAUGAGGAGGCCAUGGACAGCGUCUCCAUCAUCUCCAACAUCAGCCAGUCGUCCACACACGCGCGCUCACCAUCGCUGCGUUACUCGCGGCGGGAAAACCGCUUCAUCUCCUGUGACCUGGCUGAAAGUGCUUCUUACUCCCUGCUCAUCCCCACCAGUGGAAACCCUGAGACGGAGAACAUGAACAUCACCAUCCCCGACACUGUGGAAGCUCACCGGCACAACAGCCGACGCCAGACGCACCACACGUCAGGCUAUCACGAAGAGAUUCAGAUGAUCAACGAGGCCUACGAGAGGCAAUCUGAAGAGAGGAAAGAGUGACAAACACUCUCUGACUCAGUGACCACUAACUGUGCAAACAUCAUCACGUUUAAUCCCACUUUAAUCUGCAGAUUAGCAAUGUUAGGAAAGUCUGAAGUCUUUAAAUCAUUAUUCGUUCACUCAUUCAUUCAUGUGCUUGUACCGUUGUUUUCCUAAAAUAAACAAAUGCCCAUGUGUUUGAAUCAUUCAUCCAUUCAUCCAUUCAUUCAUUCAUUCAUUCAUGUGCUGUGAUUCACCUUCUGGUCAAAUAUGUUUAUUAAUAAACUGUUGUGUGUAUUGUUUAGCCACACAACUACUGUGAUGACGAGUGAAUCAUGAUAAUGAAUGUGUGAAGAGACUGACCUACAUGACAACAUGAGGAUGAAAACGUGACUAACGUGAAUAAACACGUUUUCAUGGCAUUUCUGUAAAAACUGAGACUGAAAAACAAAUAAAGGACGAAAACAAUA